GGGAGGAGGGGGGGCCUGUGACGUUGCCGGAGCCCUCGGCCCAUGAAAGCAGAGAGGAGGACGGUGUGUGGGAAAAUAGAGGAGGAGCCUGAACCGAAAGAGAGAGAGAGAGACGGGGAGGGUGGGAAGCUCAGAGCUUGAGAGAGCAAGCGUGAGAGAGGACGCAAACUCAAUGAGAGAAGCCCAGAGGGAGCGUUUCAGUACGGCAGCAGAGGCAAGACAACCUGAGAGAUACUGAGAGCGAUCGGCAGAGACAGAGCUUCACGUGAGCGUACCCAGCACAACAAAGACAGAAGGAAAGUAAGCGAGAGUGUGUGUGAGUGCGUAGUGCAGCGUUUGUUGGUCUGCUGCUCGGUUAUCUGUCUCCAUCUGGGUGCCAUCUGUGUCUCUGGCUCUGGCCUUCGCCACACUGGAGCUCACAUAUGUGGGAAUGCAAACACAUGCCUGACAUAUGAAGGCGAGGAGUCAAAGAAAAGGACAAAAAUCAAGGAAACCGAAAAACCCUGGCCACUGCAACUGACUCUCUGGAAGGACUGAAGAGUGGACUCUACUAGAGAGGAGACAGUAGAGAGAAGAAGAGCCCUGCCAUGCCCGGUUCUCCUGUGGAUGCUAAGACUCAUUCCAGAUCAGCCCCCAGCAGCAGCGCCAGCUCCACAAUGCCCCCCCUCCCCUCCGUCAACCCCAGUGGUCCUCGCCCGGCGUCUUUCUCCACCACAGCACUGACCAACGGGAAUCAUCAUUCCCCUCCGACCCUAAACGCAGUGCCGUCACCGCCGCAGCGCUACAGCAACGGGCCGUCCUCCUCCUCCUCGUCAUCGCUGGCGAACCAGCAGCUGCCGGCCACCUGUGGGGCUCGCCAGCUGAGCAAGCUGAAACGUUUCCUGACCACGCUGCAGCAGUUUGGCAACGACAUUUCCCCCGAGAUGGGAGACAGCGUUCGGAGCCUGGUCCUGGCCCUCGUGAAUUCGACGGUAACCAUCGAGGAAUUUCACUCUCGGCUUCACGAGGCCACAAACUUCCCCUUACGACCGUUCGUUAUUCCAUUUCUCAAGGCCAAUCUCCCCCUCUUACAGCGGGAGCUGCUCCAUUGUGCGAGGGCAGCCAAGCAGACCCCAGCUCAGUACUUGUCCCAGCAUGAGCACCUCCUCCUGAGCACCUCCUCCCUGGCCUCCUCUCCAGACUCCUCCGAGCUGCUGAUGGAUCCUCCUGAGACGGGGACUAAGAGACACAGCCCCAGCAGGGCCAAAGAGAAUGGUUUCCAUGAGCGACCACCGGUAACCAUGGAGCCCGCCUCCAAGCGGAUCUGCACCAUCAGCCCCGCGCCCCGACACAGCCCCGCCCACCCGCUGCCCCUCAGCGCCCAGCUCCACCCGACCCCUCCGCCCCUGCAGCACUACGCUCUGGACGACAUCGCAGCGCCGCACAUCUUACACCGGGAGCACAGCCAGCGCGUGCUGGAGAUCCGCGAGCUCAAAGACCGGCCCCGGCUGCCCGGCACUAAUGGGGGCUACCGCGAGGAGCCGGUUGACCACAGACUGACAGACCGAGAGUGGGCUGAUGAAUGGAGGCAUCUGGAUCAUGUGUUGAACUGCAUUGUGGACAUGGUUGAGAAGACACGGAGGUCAGUGAGCGUGCUCAGACGGUGUCAGGAAUCCGACCGCGAGGAGCUCAACUACUGGAGACGCCGCUCCAGCGAGCAGGAAGACCCACGCAAAGGAGGCUCGGCCUCCACUCCGUUCUCCAAGACACACAGUCCCCACUCCGCAGAGUCAGAAUCCCAGCGUGAUUUUGUGCCGCGGCCAGGCUCAGCAUACGUCACAGAUGAAAUCUGGAGGAAAGCUGAAGAAGCGGUGAACGAGGUCAAGCGUCAGGCCAUGGACGAGGUUCAGAAGGCCGUGGCCGAGGCCGAGCAGAAAGCCUUCGAGAUGAUCGCGUCCGAGCGGGCGAAGAUGGAGAAGACUCUGGCUGAGGCGAAGAGGAAAGCUCAGGAGGACGCCAUCAUGGUCAUCAACGAGCAGGAGGACUCCAGCGAGUGUUGCUGGAACUGCGGUCGCAAAGCCAGCGAGACGUGCAGCGGCUGCAACGCCGCUCGCUACUGCGGCUCCUUCUGCCAGCACAAAGAUUGGGAGAGACAUCACCUCAUCUGCAGCCCGGGACUCCAGGCUCAGCCCAAACCCGUUUCUGCCAUUACUGCAAGUAGGGCAGCAGCAGCAGCCGCCGCCACAGCAGCGGCGGCGGCCGGAGUGUCUCCCGUCGGCCUGGCUGGGGUCAAAGCUCCAGACAGCGUGCCUUCCAUCUCCAGUCCAGGUGGAGAGAAGACUUCGGUCGCCUCCCGAUCCUCCACUCCCUCCACCCCCGCCUCCGCCCCCGAGACCAACGGACACUGAGAGGCGAGGCGCUUCAGCGUCGCCUCCGCUCCCGGUUAACCGGGACAGUCCGACUCAGCAGCAUGAGGAAACUAUUUGUGGGUUAAGUUAGGAUAACAGAUUUUUCAUCAUACACUUUGGCAGACAAAAGAGGACAGAUUAAGGAUGACUGUUUGAGUGAUAUGUCAACUGGGACUCUGGCUUUGGCAAGGAACAGGAGGACUCGUCUCGAAACGCAUCUAUUGGACGAACAGAUCUCCCUAACAGAUGGAAACGUGUUUCUCAUCCUUCCAAAACCCCAAAUGUUGGAUCUGUGCGUAGAGGGGAGAGAAAAAGAAAAAAAAAAAGAAAGAGAGAUGAUGAUUGAUCUUGGUUUAUCUCUGGC